AUGUUUAAUGUAGAUAUAUUCAGCCCAAAUGUUCUCCUUCUUGAUUUGAUCCGGGGCGGCGAGCUGUUUGACUUCAUCGCGGAGAAGGAGACCCUGUCGGAGGAGGAGGCCAUCGAGUUCCAGGAGCAGAUCCUGAAGGGUGUGGCCUACAUGCACACCAGGCACAUCGCGCACUUUGACCUCAAGCCGGAGAACAUUAUGCUGCUGGAGAAGGACGUGCCGCACCCCAAGAUCAAGAUCAUCGACUUCGGCCUGGCCCAGAAGAUUGACGACGGCACGGUGUACCAGAGCCUGUGCGGGACGCCGCAGUACAUCGCUCCGGAAGUGAUAAACUACGAACCUCUGGGGCCCCCGACAGACAUGUGGAGUAUCGGGGUCAUCACCUACAUCCUCCUCAGCGGAAUGUCGCCGUUCCAGGGGGAGACCGACGCCGAGACGCUGACCAACGUGGUCGCCGGGAACUACGAAUUCGACGACCGAUUCUUCAAAGAGACCAGCGAGAUGGCCAAAGACUUCAUCCGGCAGCUGCUGCUCAAAGACCCCAGGUCUGUCCCCUGGGCGCCGCCCAUCGGGCCCCGCUCCGCGUCCUCCCUUCGGCUGUCUGCGGUACUCGCCACACGACGGGAACCCGCCUACCGGAGCCCCCCGGGGGGGGACAGGAAGGAACCUGGAGACGCAUGGCUGCUAGGUUACCACGAGGAGGCGGGCUCUCCAUCACCUGGCGACCGUUAUCUCCGACCCGCUUGCAUGUGA